AUGACGGCCCUCCUAUGGAGAAAGACAGCCGCCGCCGUCGCUGCCACUGCCACUCACGAUGUAAGAGACGACUUUGUCGGCCGCGGCCGCAUCCACGUGCUGAACAGCACCUCCUUCGUCACGGCGUCCCUAGCCGACCGCAUCGGCUGUCUCAAUCGCCAUGGCAUGCUCACGCUCCGGGACUGCGCCGUCUUUACCCUCUUCGACGACUCGCCCCGCUCCUUCUAUUCUGCUGAGGGCAACUGCAGCUUCAGGAACCCCAACACGCCCACCAACCGCGACAGCUACUACGGCAGUGACACUCAUGCUUGGUCGUGUGGGGGCAAGGACGUGGACAAGAGCGUGAACGAGAACUAUUAUACUGUUAACGGGUUCAACUACCCGUUUGUUUGUAACGGCAACAUCAACUGCUGGUACGAUAUCCUGAUGGCUACGCCCGGCAACGACUACGAGCCGUUGCCGGUGUGGCAGUUCUUCUGGGGCGCCCACCAGCUCGAUGUUCCGGCCGGCCAUUCAAGGGUGCUCUGGUUGUGGGUGCCGACGCGCAAAAAGAGCGCGGAGGACGCGGAUGAGGAGUAG